AUGGAGCAACAAUUUCCGUCAGUUUCUGUGCAAGAUGAUAGUAAGAAGAAGGGCAUAUUAUCGUUUUUCCAGAACACAACUACGAUAAAGAACAAUAAGUUCGUUAGAAAAGAAGCCAAUGUCAUUACUUUGGAUGACCCUAACGAGGAUGCUAACAAAGGUACGGUUGAAACCAUACAGCAAAGGAACGUUACAAGCAUCAGCAGAGAAUCCGCAGAUGAAACGAAGGCGGCGUCCCCGAAAGUCAGUGUAGAGGGCAAGCCUUCAGGCAACGAAACUGUGCCCAAGGAAAGUAUAGGAUCUGAUGGAAACGCAGACAAACAGAGGCCUGGCGAAGCCUUAUCAAUUGUUUCUGAGUCAAAAAGCAAAAGCCCCUCUCCAUCUUCUAAGAAAGAACCCUCCACUAUGAGAAAAGAAAAUGCCAAAAUGGAAAAGGAACUGAAAAGGCAACAACGUGAAGAAGAAAAGCACAGAAAAGAGUUAUUACGUCAAGCAGAAAGGCGCAAGAAAGAGCUUAAGACGGAGGAAGAGAGACAUAAGCGUGCUGAAUUGAAAAAACAGAAAGAAGAAGCCAGAUUAGAGACUAAGAGAAGAAAAGAAGAGGAAAAAUCAAAAAAAGAGCAAGAGAUUCGUUUAAAGGAAGAGGCCAAAGAAAGAGCACAAUCACGCAUUGGUAACUUUUUCAAAAAAGUUAGCGAUUCUAAUGCACCUCCGGUUGAAAAAUCUGACUACGAGAAAUUUUUCCUGCCAUUCUACGCUAAAGAUGGAGUUAAAGUUUGUAAUAAGUGGAAAUUAACAAAAGCAGAACUAGAAGAUAGUAAAAGAAAAAUAGAUGGUGAAUUGCUGAGUAGCAGAAAUCAUACCAGCAGUGACGAACUUUUAAGUUGGCUGAAGUCUAAAGAGUUGCUUAAAGAUCACAAAACCAAAUACAAGGCUGUUGAAGUUUUACAACAAAUGACACUGAAGGAGAAGACCGACGAUGAACUUCAAUAUCUACUCGCACAAGUUCCACAUAAAUACAUAAAAUUUUACGAAAACGUGAGGCCUCCAUUUAUUGGAACAUACUCUAUGGAUUUCGCUUUGCCAGUAAAUGACCCAUUUUCAACGGAAGGCACAGGAUUCAAUUAUGACUACGAUUCUGACGUAGAAUGGGUCAACGAAGAAGAAGAAGGUGAAGUCGACAACCUAGAAAGUGGUGAGGAGGAAGAGGAAGAUGAAGAUGAAGACACCCCUAGCGAAGGAGAAUUUGACGGAUUCCUAGAUACGGAAGAGAACAGUGACGUGGAUGGUUUAUCUAGCGCCAGGAGAAAAUUUGUAGGUCCUCUGAUACCAACAAUAUGUCUAAAAUCGGAUUUUGAAAACCUAUCUGAAGAAAAUAAACGAUAUUUUCAACAAAUUAGGGCGGAUGUACUCAUAGAAGCUAAUGGACCAAUCGAUCCUUUCAAAGAGCCUCGAGUAUUACCUUCCAAGAGAAGUCAUUCCGACGGGCAAACACCAAACUCAAGCCAAUCUCAAAGCCCCGAAAAGAAACAGAAAGCAAUGAUCACAGACUUUAAGGACUUACUUCGGCUUUUUGAUGGCGUUCAAGAUAGCACGUUUUCCUUGGGGACCGUGACCGAAAUAGCUCAAAAGAACCUGCCACAAUACAACAAACAAACAAUUAAGAACACUAUAAAGGAAUACGCCAUCAGAGGUUCAGGAAAGGGUGAUCUACCCCGCAAAUGGGAGAUCAAAGACGCGCAAAAUUGGGAGAACAUCCGAGCCAAUGCAAAUCCACCAACCCUGUCUUCGUGA